CGGAAGUAACAAAUUUGUAGUCUACUGGUCUGCUACGUCAAUGUACAUCUCUCUGAGAGCAAACAGCAUUACAGGGUGAAAAAUAAAUAUAAAAAUUUGUAGGAGAAUUUCUUUCUGUGGUCAGACUUACAGUUUGUCAGUGAGCGGAUUAGAGGGAGACACGUUUCGGCAACACUACUUGAAACUCGUGUAAAGACAUGCACGGUCGAGUGAAGGUAAAGACCACUGCUCAACAGGAAGAGGAGAAGAGGAAAGAGCGAGAAAAGAAGCUGAAAGUGUAUCUGACGGUUCGAGAUGCCAUCUUCAAAAAGAGGACAAAUAGUGAGCUGGAUGAAGAAGCUCUCCAACUCACGCAGCAGCUCCUGGCUUCUAACCCGGACUUCGCCACGCUGUGGAACUACAGGAGAGAGAUCCUUCUACACCUGGAGACUGUAAAAAUUGUAAACUCUGUUUAUCCUCUUCCUAGAGAGGAUGAGGAGAUGCAGAAGCUGUACGAAGCUGAGCUGCUCUUCAUUGAGUCAUGUCUGAAAGUGAACCCCAAGUCAUACGGGAGCUGGCAUCACCGUGGCUGGGUGUCUUCCCGUCUCCCGAGACCCGACUGGAAAAGAGAGCUCAGCCUGUGUGACCGCUGCCUCAGCCUAGACGACCGCAACUUUCACUGUUGGGAUUACCGGCGCUUGGUUGUGAAAGCGUCCAAAGUUUCAGUGGAACAGGAGCUCCAGUUUACAGACCGCCUGAUCGGCUCCAACUUUUCUAACUACUCAAGCUGGCACUACCGGAGCACGCUGCUGCCCCUGCUGCACCCACAACCUGCAUCUGAUCCGGAAUCAGCCUGCCAAAAACACACACGGCCCACAGCCUCACCUCAGACACACGGGCACAGGGUGUGUGAGGAGCAGCUGCUCAAAGAAUAUGAACUGGUGCAGAAUGCUGUCUUCACAGACCCGAAUGACCAGAGCGCCUGGUUCUACUACCGCUGGCUCUUGGGAAGAGCCGAGCGUGAGGAGCUGAUCAGCUGUGUGUAUGUGAGCAGAGAGGGAGAGCGAGUCGCUGUGGCUUUCUCCAAACCUGUUAAUGUGGUGAAUUUGAUGUUGGUGUUAGAUGGUCAGCCUCAGCAGGUGGAGUGGAGAAGUGUUCACCCUCAAUUUCGCCACAGCCCUGUCUGGUUGUGUGAGCUUCCUCCUAGCUCCAUCAGCGACAUCAACAAUGAACAUAAUCUGACAGUGCACUGGACAGAAAAACACACCCACAGAGACUGUGCUCUCUAUACAGGUCGGAUGGAGAGCUGGUGCAGGGAGUCUGCUACAGAUCAGGAGCUUUUCAGGAGUGAGCUGUCUGUAGAGAAGACUUCAGUUCUCCAGUCCGAGCUGCAGUCCUGUACUCAGCUUCUUGAACUGGAGCCUCAGAAUAAAUGGUGCCUGUUAACUAUAAUCCUCCUGAUGAGGGCUCUGGAUCCGUUAGGUCAUGAGAAAGAGACUCUCACUCACUUCCAGACACUGAAGGAAGUGGACCCUAUGCGCUCCUCCUACUACAGCGAUCUCUGCAGCAAGUUUAUGAUCGAGAACACUAUUCUGAAAAUGGAGUACGCCGAGGUGCGGGUCUUCAGCCUCUCGGAUAAGAACCUGAGUACGCUUUGCCAUCUGGACCAGCUCCUAUUGGUCACUCAUAUUAAUCUGUGCUCCAAUCAGCUUGUGAAGCUGCCGCUGCAGUUCACCAUGCUGCACUGCCUCGAGGUCCUGGAGGCAGAUGAUAAUGCUAUUGAGAAUCUGGAGGGACUGUACCAUCUGCCCAAACUGGAGGAGGUGUCUUUAAAAAACAAUCAAAUCUCGAAAAUCGCCGAUCUGUCACCGUUGGCAACGUGUCCGAAGCUCACCAGGCUGGAUCUCCGUGGCAACCCCGUCACCCAGGCCGACGAUGUCUGGGCAGAGUUAGCCGAGCUGCUACCAUCACUCACUGAACUUUUACUCUGAUUAACUCCUAAGGAUAAGAAGUGUGUGUGUGUGUGUGUGUGUUUUUCAUGUGUCAUCAUGACUGUUCCUCUGUGGAUUCUCAUCAGAAGUAAUCACUGGUUUCAGUAACUGUACACUGCACUGCUCUCAAAGAGACUUCAGAAUCUCAGUGUGUGUAAAUAUUCAUUUUUACCACAGCAUUGUUAAAAACUUUUAUUCUGAUCGGUCUGAAGAUGUUGAUUCAUUUUCCAUAACAGCAGCACACUAGUUUAUAUGAUAUGUACACUUGUUCUAAUAUGGAAUCGUUUCUAUAGUAAGAGGUCAUAUACAGGGACUUCGUGUACAGCGCACUCGCCACAUUAGAUGUGUGUGAUCAGUGAUGUGAUGCUUUCUGUAAAAUGAUUGUCACCGUAUACAGAAGGAGUCUCUGUGUCAAGUUUCUUAUUAAUUAUGAUUAUUAAUUUCAUGAGAGAGAGAGAGAGAGAGGCUGGUGAAGGAACAACUGCUUACAGCAACUGUAACAAAAAUGAUACCAGGUAUUACACUGGUUAGAUGUUCCAUACCAUUAAAUGUAACUACAACUGGAUAAAAGUUGUAAUCAGUGGCAAGUUGCUGUGGUAUAAGAGGAAUAAAACAACAGGAUGUGAUGUUAUAGGAAAAUAUAAUUACAACAAGUGUCUUAUUCCUACCUGCUUUAGAUUCUGCAUGCGGAGGAGGUGUGUUUUACCAUGUGUGUCCUGUGACAUUCUUUAUUCCAACUAUGUAAUUAUCUCUCUAAUGAUCAAGGAAGCGCUCACAAUGAAGUUUGCGUGAGUUGCAUCUACUCGACUGAGCCAAACAUGACCUGAACUAGACUUGAGCUAGGCAUGAGCUAGACUUGAUUAGACUGUGUGUGUGGUGUAUGUGAGAUAUAUAUAUAUAUAUAUA